AUGCUGCUCUCUGCUCUGGCCUGUGGAGUGGUGGUGUUUCCAGGACUUUUCUUCAGUUCUCGGGCAGUUUUGAGGAGACUUUUCCCGAAUUGGUCCGAGGCAGACGUGGUCUCCAUCAGCGAGAGGGUGGUUUCUGCAGUUCAUGGGUCACUGGCAACAGCUGCAGGAGCUAUCGUGGUCUUGUCCUGUCAAGAUGUUAUGAAUGACAACCACUGGUUGGUAAACACCUUUGUGGUGUUUGGAGCUCCUUACAUGGCAUUUGACAUUUAUUCCAUGUACCUGAGCCACUUCCACUCUCAGAACAGCUCACGUCACUCCCUUCAAACCCUAAAGGCUUUUCUGCACAAAGACUGGAUGUUGGUUCUACAUCACGUGACAUUGCUCACUGUUUUUAUGCCUGUAGCUUUGUUUCUCAGGAGAGGACUGGGGGAUUUCUUCAUCGGCUGCUUUUUCACAACAGAAUUCAGUUCUCCGUUUAUCGCUAUUGGGAAAAUACUCAUCCAGCGGCGCUUGGACGACACCUGGCUGCACCGCCUCAAUGGCCUGGUGGUUCUGCUGACUUUCUUCACCUGUCGGAUCCUGAUCUUUCCCUUCAUGUACUGGACGUACGGGCGACAGUUUGGGAUUCCUCUGAACAAAGUGCCUUUUCAUUUACCGCUGCACUGCAACUUGGGAAAUGCAGUGAUCCUGGCACCGCAGGUUUACUGGUUUAUCCUCCUUGUGAAGAAGGCAAAGAGACUUUACCUUCGAGGAAAGAAAGGGAAGGAAACAUAG